AUGCCUACCUUUCCAUUUCGCUCCAACAAAGGUGACAAAAAUGCCGACACUCCUUCAUCGCCCAACUUUUCUUCGAAAUUGAGCAAUCUCAAAUCGCAAGGAGAAAAGAAAUUAAACGAGGCCGCUUCCAAAGGAAAAAAUAAGCUAGGCUUGUUCAAGAAAUCGGAUUCGAACAUGUCGGCGGACGAUUCGGGCAAAGGAUCUACCAGUGGCAAGAUUUCGGCUCUUUCCGAGGAUAGUCUGGUGGCAGAUGAUAAUAAUAUCAAUAGUGAUGAUAAUGACAGCCAAAAUCAAGAAGAAGAAGAAGAAGGUGAUGAAGGAGACACAUCUGAAAUAUUCAUUGCGGAUAGACGAGGUCAUUUUCAAAAGAACAAUGGAUCCGGUAUGGGAAGCCGUUUUGAAAGAUCGUUGUCGAAUCGAUCGUCGUCGUCCCUGGGGUCGAAUCAAAGUGAAGCAGAUGCCUUUUUCAUUCAAGGAGGAGCUCGUCAAUCGCAGCAUUCCAAAUUAUUGGCGCCACCUACUCCUGCCUAUACCUCGUCUGGCAGAAGUGUCCCAAGAAUGGGGGCAGUCUCGCUGGAAGCUCACAUGUCAUUGAAAUAUAGCAAGGCUACUGGAUUCCCCACCAAAUGGUUCAAGGCCUAUGUCAUUUUGGACAUGGACACUAGCAAUCGAGGUGCUAUCAAAAUAUACCCUAGCAAACCCAACAAUACGGCCGAUAGUGGUCCAUCCGUCAGUUCUCGCUCGGGACGCGCUGGCAAAAUGGCGGCAAGCAAGCAUCAAUCGACUCGGAUUGGAGCUACCGAUCUCGGGUUUUUGGAUCAAUCCGUCAAACCACUUUUGGAAAUUCCAGCAUCCAUGAAUUGGAUUGCCAAGGACUAUGAAAAUUCGAGCCGGCGGUUUGUAGUCGAAAUUCCAUCCGAAGCGGCUGCCAUGGUACGAUCGUCCAUCUUGUAUUCCAAGAUGAAGGAAAAUAAAGUCAAUACGUCGGUCGAAAGUGAAAUGUUUUCACUGCCCAGCGGUGGUACGAGUGCCACCAAUGCAUCAUCGGAUGAUGUGAGUGAUGUGACGGACAUGGAGGACAUGGAUACUAGGGAUGCCACAGACAACGACGACAACAAUGAAGAUCAGGUGACUCCAUUGAAGAAUACUUCCGGUGGCAGUACCUUGCUAGGUGCUCUCACAAAGGCCCGUCAGAAAAAGGAACCCUUCCGAUUGCAUUUCCAAUGCUUGCGCAAGGGUGGCAAUGAAAAACAAGUCUGGAUGACAGCCUUUGAAGAAUUGGGCCGACUGUCUUUUAAUUUGCACAAGCGCGUCUUUGGAUUGGGCCGAAAAUGGAAGGAUCCAUGCAAACACGAACGGAUUCGCGUCAAACGAGAUGACAAGUUUGCCAAACAAGCGAAACUUUUGUCCACUUUGGGAAAACAGGACAGUGAUGUAGCGGCGGAUGAGACUCUAGAUGGAAGCUCUGGUCAAAUCAGUCUCACCAGUCUGAAUCGGGAUGGUAGUUCUAAUUUGAAGAGUUACGACGAUGACUCGGACAGCAGUUCGGAAUUUGGUGGUCAUGCUCCUUUGAAGGCCAACUUUCGAUUGACCAACAAGACGGAUUCAAGAGAAUUCAUGGUGCAUCCGACCUACGCGUAUCCCAACAAGUGGAUGACCCAUUCGGAAAUCUACAACGAAAUGCUCAAACCGUCCCUGGUUUAUCAUGAUUUACGAGUGGCCGCUGAGACUAGAAAAGAAAUUGGUACGGUCCGAGUAGAAAUCUUGGAAUGUUCCGGGCUCCCUUCCUUGGACUGGAACUCGGAAACCGACGCCGUGGUCUAUUUGGUGUGCGGGUCGUAUGCAUUUACCAGUGAUGUGAUUCAGAACAAGCUCAAUCCUGUGUGGUUGCCCAGAUCCCGUCGGGCUUGCAUCUUUCCUCUCUUCCAUGCUUACGCCAAGGUGUUUGCGGGUGUCUUUGAUGAUGAUGGACCAGGGCAGAAGGAUGAUUUUGCUGGUCGUAUCGUUUUGGAUUUGGCAAAGUGUCGCCCUGGAUCGACCUACGAUGUGGCCCUUCCCUUGAGGAAGUCCAGUCAAGUCUACUCUCGUCGUGCAAGAGGUGUCAUCCGACUGCGGUUUAGUAUCGACUAUACCUCCCAUCAGGCAGCCAUACUCUCUUACCUUCCGGAACGCAAGUUCAACGAUCCAGACAAGGACAAUAGUGUCUCGGUAUUGUGUUACGAUGAAACGUCAUUUCGAAACAUUACUCUAACUGUUCAUGGCGAAGACUUGCCCGGCAAAUUCACCACCCCCUUGAUGAAGGCAACGACUAGAGAAAUUCACUUUCUCCGGAAAGUCGCUACCAAUGCGCUGCAAGAGACAGUCUUCGACAUCAUCUUUUGGAAGAAUCGGUCAUUUUCGGCGCUUUGCUUCGUCGCAUGGAUGCACUGUUGUUAUUUGAAUUCGUUUGGAUUGGUUCCAUUUUACGGAUUUUGCUUCCUCUUGUUGAUCAUGAUGCAGAAUUAUGCGUUUUAUGGCAGCGAUGGACGGGUCCAGCAAGGAUUCGUUCCUCCCAGUUUCGAGGAAAUGGCAAUGGCUCUAGCCAAGGGCAAGCCGAUUGAACCACUAUACGUGCGCCCGCACCGAGACGAAGCCUCCGCUUUGAAAUCCGAAAAGACGUUGAAAACCCAUGACGAGAAAGCAAAGAAUCUACUACAAUUGCUGGGAUUCAAGUCCUCUACAGAAGAAGAUCAACCAGAGGACUAUCAUAUUGAGUUUCCGCUUUCUCGGGCCAUUCGCCAUCCAAUCACGGAAGAAUAUCUGUACCCAAAAUUCUCCAUCAAGGAUUGUAAAGUUGUAAAGAAAUCUCAGCAAUCAAAAAAUGAUGAGGACGAUGAUAGAUCGUAUUCCAUUGAAAUCAUGGCGGCUGUGUCCAGCACGGAGGGCGAAGGAGGACAACUGACUUCUCGACUCGGAACGGCAGCUAGCAAUCUCCAGGCAAAAUUUGGCGACACUUUAGACAGAGGACGAGGGCGACUAGAAAAAGGAAAAGAAAUGUUGAAUCAGACGAAGGAGAUGACGAAGGAGAUGCUGGAAAUGCAGUUGGGAAAUCCUAAUUUGUCACGCAGCGGGUCCAAUGGGAUGAUGGAUGCGAAUUUCGAGCUCGCUGCUGCCUUCCAAAGACUACCAAAGAACCUUCAAAUUCAAGACCAGAAUAUUGACGUUCCAGAAAUUUCAGAGAAGGGAGAAAAAAAGAAAAUUAUUGAGGAGCUGUACGAUGUUCGGAAUGAAUUCCAUGGCAUCUCCAAGUUUGCAUUUCUCGAUAAGACACACACGAUUGCACAAAAGGACCCUAUUUACUUUGGAGGCAAGCAGUCGAAGAAUUGCACUAAUGACUUGGACAAACUGUUGGGUCUCGGAACACAUGGAACUACCAAUCCAGUCAAGUCCAUGAUUGCUGCUCACAUGGCACCUCUAGUGUCUGCAAUCCAAGCUUUCCUCCAUGCGAUUCGAUGUCUGGUGAACAUUACCACUUGGCAGGAUCCAAUCUUGUCCUUUUGGGUGUCGGUUGCCAUCUUCGCUGCGGCGAUGGUUUCGCUGAUCUUUCCCUUCCAACUCUUCUUUGUGUUUGUAGGUAUUGUGGUUCUAGGUCCUCAGAAUUGGGUCUUCAUCACAUAUGUUCGGCCUCACUUUCGAGAAGAAAUAUCAGAGAUGCAGCAAAACAAGCGAAUCAAGAAGCUGGCAAGAGCCAAGAAGAAGAAAGUGUACCGAGACAUUCCAACCAACCAACCUAUCAUCACUUCUCAUACUUCCGACAAUAGCCCCCCGCUGGAGCUGGCGUUGAAUCAAGUCGAUAAGCGAGGAAUUCAUCAAGUUAGUGUUCCUUAUUCACAAUUGACCUAUCGGCGAGACACCUACUGGCCACCUCAACCAGAAUAUGGGCGAUGCGACCCUGACGUUCGUGGAUUCGAACGAAGUAUGCAACGAAUGCAACAACUUAGUUCACGGAAGAGUACGAUUGGCGUUCCAGCGCACGUUAUGAAUUCGAACACAUCUGCCACAAAGCGCAUGGGCUCGCUUACAGAAGAUUCGGAAUCAUGA